GUUGGUUCAGCAGCUGUCAGCCCGGACGAAUAUUUCGCUUCGCUUCGCGGACACGAAGAUGGAAAGAAGGGCCCUGGGCGGAUGGUUCAGCACGGUGACGGCCCAGCUCAUCCAGCACGAGGACGUAAUCUGCAUACGCGCGCCCUCACCCUCCAACCUCCGCUAGGGAGCCCCUCCACUUCAUUCGACCCUUUGCUUGACGGAUACAGGUGGGGGGAAGUUGUGGAGGACGGGUAGGGGAGGCAGUUUUCCGCGCGGGAACCAAGGAAUGGAGCACGGGAGAAGGAGGGUGGCUGUGUUGCUCUCGCCCAAUGCGCCAAAUGGCAAAUGACGUCGCAGCCGCAGGUUGACGAAACAAAAGUGCCCAAUUUUACUGCUAUUUGUCACCCCAUGGGAGAGAAAGAGGGGGUUCCGAUAGUGGGUAAGCAAACAAAUCGUGUGUCAUAAAUCGGAUGUAUGUGCGUGUGUGUGUGCGUGUAUUUCUUUAGUGGAGAAAAGCAUUUCCUCCGGGAAGUGCGGCAAAAGUAGGCUGCGAUACAAAAAAAAAACCGUAAAGCACAACAACACAUCACAUUUCCUCCAAAGCAAAAACUAAACCGUGCUGGUGUUCGCUCCGGACCCCGAUGAGCGAACGAUGACGGAGUUUUGUGACGACGUUAUCAAGCUGUUCCCGCUGCGCGCGAUACCGGACGUGAUCAAGCUGUUCCGGCAGCAGCUAAACAAUCGCGAGGAGGAACCGGACCUGACGCUGCUGUCCAUCGUGACCGGGCUGAUCGAGCAUUCGCUCACGACGAAGGUGCUCGAGUCGACCGGCGCCGGCUCGUCCACCUCGCACACCAAUAACAACAACAACAACAACAACAAUCAUGUCGAUGGAGGCAAGGGUGGAACGGCGGCGGCGACCGGUGGAGAUGCGGCCGGUGGGAACUUUCCCGUGAUCCGGUACGACACGGUCGAGGCACUGUACAAGCGGUUCAAGUCCGUGCUGGCCCCGAUCGAGAAGCUGCUGGUAAAGACGACCACCGAUUCGAAGUUCGCCAGCCGGGAAAUUAUCAAGAAAGUGUCGGACAUCAUCUGGAACUCGCUGCUCCGCAGCUCGUACAAGGACCGGGCGCACCUGCAGAGCCUGUACAGCUACCUGUGCGGCAACAAGUUGGACUGCUUCGGUGUGGCGUUUGCGGUGGUGGCGGGCUGCCAGAUGCUGGGCUACCGGGACGUCCAUCUGGCCAUCUCGGAGGAUCACGUGUGGGUCGUGUUUGGCAAGACGGGCGACGAAACGAUCGAGGUAACGUGGCACGGCAAGGGCGCGGAGGAUAAGCGGGGGCAGUCGGUGGCGCCCGGCAUCGAGUCACAGACGUGGCUGUACGUGGCUGGCCAUCCGGUCGUUUGCAAUCGGUACAUGGAGGUGGCCGCGAUCGUGUCGGCGAUCAAUCCAUCGCUGACGGCGACCAGCGCCUGCCUGGAGGUGGCCGAUCUGCAGCAGCAGCUGCUGUGGCUGCUGUACGAUAUGGGCCACCUGAAGAAGUACCCGAUGGCGCUGGGAUGUCUGGGCGAGCUGGAGGAGGUGGAACCGACGGGCGGGCGGAAGAGCUGCGAGGAGCUGUACAAUGAGUCGGUCCGGUCGGCGCAGACGUACUACCGGAACCAUCACGUGUACCCGUACACGUACCAGGGCGGGUACUACUAUCGGAAGAACAUGUACCGGGAAGCGUUCGCGUCCUGGGCGGACAGCAGCGAUGUGAUUCGACUGUACAACUACUCGCGCGACGAUGAGGAAAUAUACAAAGAGUUUCUCGACAUUGCCAACGAGCUGAUCCCGCAGGUGAUGAAGCUGGAAAGCUCGGGCCAUUCGGCCAAAAGCAUACUGCGCGAUGCGUCCUGCUUCGCGAACCUGUUGCGCUUCUACGACGGCAUCUGCAAGUGGGAGGAGGGCAGCCAGACGCCCAUCCUGCACAUUGGCUGGGCGAAACCGCUGGUUGCUACGAUCGCCAAGUUCGAUCACGACAUUCGGUCGCAGGUGAUCAUCAAGUGUGCGGAUCAGGAACCGCAAGCCCAGCACCCAGCCCACGGGCAGGAAAAUGGGAGCAAAAAUGGUGCGGACGAUUCGCUGCACCAUCACAACAACAACAACAAUAACAUUGUGAAAGCGGACGCUAACGUGGCGAAUGGUGGGCGCGGUGCGAAUGGGAGCAGCGGGGUGAAAGGAAACCCACUGCCGAAAUCGCUCGAAGCCCUGGUGGGAAAGUGCGGCGAGAAGCUGCUGAAUCCCGAGUUUCUUCUGCAAGGUGGUGGACAACCGUUCACUACCGAGGAAAGCGCUCCGUCGUCGGAUGGUGAGGGGACGACGGUUUCGUCGGCGGCGGUAGACACCACCACCGAGGUGAAACCCGCUAGCAAUGGGAAGCGUGAGGAAGGCGCGACAAAGAAGCAGCAGGAAGGCGAGGAGCCGGAAAAGGGUGUAAAGCCCGAGAAGCAACGGGAGAAGGCCCAAGAAACCGAUGCGGAACCGAAGCGGCCCAUCAUUGUGCUGUACAGCCAGAAGAUGAAGGGGCUGAAGGAUCUGCUGCUGACGGAGAAGCUGAACACGAACGCGAUCUCGCUGCAAAUUACGGCCCAAAGCCAGGUGCAGGUAGGUGGGAAGAAGCUGCGCGGUUCGCAGGUAUCGCUCGGUAGCUCGAUCGGCGGUACCACUGGUGGCACGGUAACCGUAGGCGAUGGUAUCGAGGGCAAUACGCGACCGAAACGAGCGCGUCGCGAGUAGAGGGAGAGAGCGAGCGAGCGACCUUUGGUCAGUAAGCAACACUUACAAUGUACGAGGGGCGGUUUUGUUGCAGUUUAUUUAUGUUUUAAGGCAGACUUUAAUUUAUUCAUCGCCUGUGUGUAUCUGGCACUUCAGAAAAGCCAGCCAGGAGGGAAGAAAAAUGGGCCAUUUUGCACCACUUCCUCCGCAUUGGUAGUAGUGGCGCGCACAUCCGUUUUAUGAUUCCUUUUUUUACGUCAACGAAUACUUUAAUUUAAUUGCACCAGCCAUUCCAACACACAAAACGACCGCUUCUAGUCGGAACGCACGUUAGUUUUGAGCUACUCAUAAUUCCUUUUUUUUUGUUUGACUAUUUUUAUUUUGGUUAACUUUAAUAUUAUCUGUUAUCUAUUAUUUUUGGAAGUAGUAAUUUGUGUAACUUUUCUUGUCAAAAACCGAAUCCUCCCUUUAUUUUAGCAUACAAUGCACAAUUAAUGUGAGUGUGUUAGUUUACAGUGACACGAUAGAGCGACGAUCUUCAUCCAGUAAAUGCUGUGUUGUUUAAAUUAUUUAAAACCCUUUUUAGCACCAAUGAUGAGAAUAAUGCUGGCUCCUCUAUAGUAUUGCUUUUAUUGAAAAAAAAAAUGUGAUUACUUUCUUUACUAAUCGACUAAUCGUUGUUGAAAUUACCCUUAUCCUGUGUGCCCUUGUAAAGUACGGGCGAUCGCCACAUUCACAACAUCAAGUGCCGUGAUAAUAGGUGCUUCAAUGCCAGCGCCAACACGUCUUGACUAUCUAAAGUUUCAUUUAAAAUGUUUUCCAUUGUUGUGUUGCAUUCGGUGAAAGGACGUAGAAACGGGGACGGGGAGGAUGAAAUAUUCAUCUUCUUAUUUUAUUCUGGCUGAUAGUUUGUAGAACUAAGGUUAGAACGGAGUAUUAAGUUUUCCUUUGUCACACACUGCAUGCUUCACUGCAAAAUGGUGUCAAUGCCUAUGAGGCACGGCGUUAACUUAGUGGUAAUUUGUAUGGAUGAAGAUGGAUGAAGAAGUAGAGAAAGCAGAGAAGGAGCAGAUAGAGAGCAUUAACAAUCAAACAACUUUUGCCACUCGCUAUGCAAUAGAUCGUAAUCAAAAAUAUGUUUUGUAAAUAUUCCUAUAGUCUAUAGAAAGGACAGAAGAAAAAGGUGUGUUUGAAGCGACACAUAACUUAUUAUGCAUCAUAUCUGCUAGGGGGGUCCACACACUGUUCUGUCACACAGGGACCGUGAUUGAUACAACCGUUCGUGUGAAUGUUUGUUUAUUUGCCUGCGCGUGUUACUAUAUAUGUUUCGCUUUGUUUUUGGGCUUGUUGUGUUGCUAAAUUGUAUACAAAAUCAAUCUUAAAGAUGAAAGCUUGCCCCACUUCCUUAGGAAGUCGGGGAGGGUUUUGUAGCGCGUUCAGUUGCGAGUAGUAUUGCUGCUUCAUCGCAACAUCGAUCGAACGAACAAGACAGAACGCGAUGCGUGAAGCGUGUUGUUGCAUUAGUAUUUGCUGUGGCAUUGUAAAACCUUAUUAAAAGGUGUGAGAAAAUAUUGGCAAAGCCAAAUAAAAAAAAUAAGAAGAAACUUAUGAAGUGCGGUGCAUUAACAAUAUAAAACACUAUCUUGUUUUUGGAGAUAUAAGAAGCGAAGCGGUCCACUGUGGACCGAUAAGAAAGUGCUAAAUUAAGAGAAGAUUAAAUUAGAGGAUCAAGCCCACACUAGCAGGAUAAUAGGAGAAUAGGUUUGAUUGAAUGUAGGCUAACAUUCAGAGCCCAUUUUCUUAACGGUGUUGUUUUUGCUGAUCUCUUAAUCAACACGAUUUAAAGGUAUUCCUUUACGUUAGGACUAUGCGGUGCACAGCAUCACAGAUUGUGUGUGUGAAAGCAAUACCGUCGACGGGAAGAUGGAGUAAUUUGCUAUUUGUAAUCUGCUAUUCUGCUCUGCUGCUACUACAGAGCAGCGAUAACCAACAAACAACAAACAAUCGAAAAUUGAAAGUACAAACAUCACACUAUAAAACACCCAUUAGAGAUUAAACCCGUAUUUCAAACAACAACCCACACACACACAACACUCGUUCUCUUCCUAUACCUCGUAGUGUGAAUGAGAAGCACAUGAUUGAUAACAAUUCCAAUUUAUUGUUCUAUGAGAACGCUAACAAAAUUAAUCAACACGAACGGAAACAAAAGUAGCUAAAUUGUCUUCACUCAUCAUACAGAAGAAAAACAAAACUGAAUCGUAACAUAAACAAAAUUGCUCCCAGUACCUUUACCAUGUUGGCGGGUAUGUUUAUUGUAACGCAAAAUUGGAUUUUGGACUAAAUUUUUAGGAAAACAAAACACAUACAAAAUUAACGAAUCAGGAAUGGACACAGGACAAAAUUAUGGUACAAUUACAGAAUUAGAAAAAAAAUCGUGUGGUGUCGUCGUGCCCAUUGGAUUGGUCUGUGCAUUGGAAGGACCACCUGUUUCCCCGACACCACCGACACUCAACUUGGAAGAAUUCCUUUUCUUCGGUUUGAUGGCUUAGAGGAGCGGGAAGUUUACUUUGUUGUAUGAGAGGGAAGCUAGUUUUAAGGAAAGGGGGUAGAAAACGAUCACGAUCAUGAUGCAGAAAAAGAAGAACAUAUUCACACAACAACAAAAAAAAACCGGUCAAAGUCAAAUAGGAAAUACCAAAAACUAUUGUGUAACAUCAUCAACAUCAUCAGCUGCGAUCGAUCGUACGUUGGGAAGAUAUACAUACGAAUGAAAGUGAUGCGUUGCAGAAGCGAUACGGAACGGACUGAAAAGUACAUUGUUUGUUUGUUUUUUUUUGUUUGAUAAGGUGUAUUUAUUGCAAACCUAUAAAAGGAACGGAAACCGAGUAGAAUCUAUCACAUAUGACUGAUGCGAACCUGAGCGCGCGUGUAUUAGGGGCAGAUGGGGUGGGGGGAAUGUUUGUAGCAUAGGUAAGAAGUAGUAGCCGGCAGGCAAAGCAUUAACCAGCUAACUAGCGGUGUAAUAGAGCGCAACAAAGUAGCAGUAACAAAUAGCUGUUAUAGUACGAACGAUGUAUAUCAGUCGGGGAACGAGGAACACGAUCGGCAAAGGGCAAACAAGGCGAAAAGUGAGCAUUUUUUACUGUUAAAAGAACGGAUCGAGAGGCUGUUCCUCUGAAAGUGAUGAAUGAUGAUCAUCAUCCAGCCAAGAUUCCUUCACAUCCACUCGUUUUGGAUACGAUUUUUGGUCACGAUUCGUUAUUUGCUUCAACCCCUUUCCCAUCCUCGAUAGUUGUUGAUUGUUUGUGUGGUGUCAAUGGUACAAUGUUGAAAUAGCUAGCAAAAUAUUAUUAAGCGUUCCUUGUGGCAUUCGCAGGUGGGUGUAAAUUCGCCAUUAGCGCCAUAAGUUUUCGGUUCGAAACAAAAAAAAAAAGAAAGAUAAAUCAAACAUGUAGUUCCUUAACAAUGAUGCAUUAACGAUACGGAAAGGUUAACAACAGAAUAAUAGAAACUACUACUACUGGUCAGCUGGCUACAAACGGAUAGGUAAAAUGUGUCUAUAAACCGAAACAGCACUCUAAACACACACAAACACGGACUGUUUCAGUUACUAUCUGUAUGUGUGUAAAAUAGAACAGUAACAGCAUAAUCUACCAUGUAACAAAUGAACAAAUAGAUUUAUAUUGUUUUCCGAUCAAUAUAUGGGGUUCUCGCAAUUUAAAUGCAAUUCAGCAACAGCAACAGUACACAACAAUAUUCAUUAGAAGUUAAUAGGCAAAUGCAACCCCAUGCAGACACAAAUGAUAUAAAAAUAGAACAUACAUAGAUGUAAAGAGCAUACAAAAACAAGUACAGUAAUUGCACAACAAAAGAUGCCCCAAUAUGCAUGUAUUUCUUUUUCACACAUUCCGUUUAUACAACACAGAAUUAUUAGCUGUGCUGUGCUGCAAAGCAACAAAUUUCACACAAAACAUACUACAACGGCGGGACACACCAAGAAAAAACGCACAUGCCACAUAGAAAAGAGGGAAUGAAAUAGAAGAGGAGAUAGAGAGAGAAAGUGAACUCGCAAUUAGAUUAUUACCGUGCCAUUUGUUUAAGAAUUAUGCGUUGUGUGCAUUUUGUACGAUCCAAUACGAUCCGCCCGCCACCAAUCAAUCAGCAUCACACACACAUUUGAAUCGAUUGAGCCAUUUUUAGCAUAACAAAUGCCAUGGUUUGGAGCAUUAAUUUGUAAUCAGCAUCAUCACGCACGCACGCAGCACACAUUCAUUAAUUUAAAUCAUAAAUUUGAAGUUUGUCAAAGUUAAUGUUGGGUAGAAGGGGGGAAACAAAACACCUAUUAUGUACAAUGUUCCGUUGUUUAGUUUUUAGGGGGCGGCUCUCGCACCACGCGUGGAUGGAAAAGCACUGACGAAAAAUGCAGUACAAUUAAUUAUUGUUCAUACUAUAUGCACUGGUGGGAAAAUGUGUGCACUACAUCAGUUGAUCCUUCCUUGAAAUCAAUCUGAACGGGAGCGGUGUGUGUUACUGCAGGUUAUUAAGAAAAAAAGGGGAGUUAAUCUUUUAGAGGCUAGUUCCUGUUCGUUUCAACAAUGUUCGUGUAGAGCAGCACUCUGAGUAGAAUCAGUACAAUAUGAAUUAUUAAACAGACACACACACAUAAUAGUUGUUUUAAUUGUGGUUAUUGUGCUUUUGGGGGGUUUCGUUUUCUAAAUUAUUGGCUUGAGAUGCUGAGAGGUGGGGUGUGGGGUCUCAGCUUUGUUUUAAAAUUAAGCGAGGGGGGUUUGUCACAAAUCGUGUUUUUUGGCUAUAUUAGUUAACGUGUUUUUUGUUGUAAUGUGUUCCUUAUGAAAAGCAAAACUGCACACACACACACAAUAUCGUGUUUCUCUUUAUGUAUGAAAUCAGGCCCUGGUUGCAUGCGUUCUAAAUUAUUUGUCAAAAGGCUGUAAAGGCCCGUUCGUUUUGUAGGCAGGAGGAGAGGAGUAUGUUUGAGAAGCGCUUGAGGAGGAAAGCGGUUAAUUUUCGCCUGUAGAAAGGUCUGUGAUGGUGGUGAUAAUGAAAAGCAUUAUAUAGGAAGUAAUCGGUGUGUGUGCGUGUUUGUAAUUAGUGUAUGAAUGUACAGCUGUGUAGUUUUGUCAGAAGAGGGGGAUGAGAACAGAUCGACCGCGAUGAUCGUGCGAUCAUGUACGUACAGUUUACUGAAUUAUAAGCCCCAAGAUAUAUAUCCUGUCCCAUUUACCCGAACAAAGUGAAAUAUUAUGGCAAGAAAAACUGAAAAACAGUAAAUUCAAAUGUAAACUCGAAUAAGAUAUCGAGAAAAUGUCAUAAUCAAUCAAAAAACGAUGGGCUGCAAAUGAAGUAAUAGAAAGGAGAAGAACAUAUGCAAACAACAGCAACAAAAAUGUGUCAUUAAAUGAAAUUGGCAGAGAAGAUAGAAAAAAAAAACAAAUAGCACAGAUAAACAAUAAUGCAAAUCACAUAUAAAAAACAUUUAUAUAUUUUUGAGAUAAUAUUCAUAUACUUAUACAUUUAAAAUACAAACCCAACACACAAUUUAAGAUGAACCAUUGAAAACACACACACACACAAAAACACAAUAAGAGAAAACAAUUGGUGUAACAAAAUCAAAAACAAGGAUUGGCAUAAUUCAUUUAACACACCAUUUCCUCUAGCUUUUCUGUCAAAUUGUUCCCUUUUUAAACUCUUCGCUCUGCAAAUUUAAAAUCGAAAAAUCAAUUUACUCUUGUUGCUAUUUGCUGCAAACAG